CCAGGUCAGGGCAGACUUCCCUGCACAUGCAUCGUGGAGAAUUCAGCAGUGACGACCCCAACACCAGAGCCCCUCAAGCUCCAGGAAACUCACAGGCCACUGCCCUGAGCCAGGGAGGCGUCACGCCCAGAGGCCCUGCACCCUCCAGUGAUCAGGAGCCACCUGUCCAUGCCCCAAGACCGGAAAGGCAGCAGGAACCACCGGGAGCACAGGACUGUCCUGAGUGUGCCGAGCUGGAGAGAGAGAUAGACGACCUUAAAGAGCGACUAGCGGCCAUGGAGAGCAUCCUUGAAAAGUUCCAGGCCAUCUGAAGUGAGAGAGCUGAACCCAGCAUCUUUCUACCAGAGAAGCAGCUGGUACCUCUGGAGCCCCGGAGCUGCGGCCAAGCUGGAUCCCUCCGUUCCUUCUUCACCCGCG